UCCUGGUGUUUCCCAUUUCAUGUAUUUUGUCCGACAUAUAGGGAUAUCAGCGUCAGGAACAUUGUAAUGGACCACAGGCGCGUUAUGCCUAAAGGCUACCAUUUCGCUUUCAACAUUAGCCAUGACGACAUAGAAUGGGAUCGACUUACUGAAAUUCGUUGUCGUGCCGGGCCAGUCGACUACUACUAUAUCGAUUUCGAAUUUGCGGAAUUCUUCCCUGAUGGGAUUCAUAAUGCCCUUGUCUCGGGAAUCGUGGGUCAGCGCGUACCCGAGAUGAAGGAUUCGGAUGACGUGCUCUAUAACCCGUUCAAGGCAGAUGUUUAUCAGCUUGGGGUCGCCAUGCUCGAUAUAUUCGAAGUGUAUACUGGUUUAAACGACUUCAAGCCCCUACUACGGAAGAUGGUUUCUGUCGAUCCCGAUAAGAGACCGACAGCGUCCGAGGCGCUUCGUGAAUUUGAACAUAUAGUCUCAUGAGCAGGCAAAUCGUCUCUGACAUGGAGGAUAUGGUCGAAUGAAGUUUUCGCCCCACAUGUCCCCUGGUUUUGGUUCCGUUUUCUAUAUUAUGUAUUUCCUCCUUGCCGAUCCUAUGUCUAGAGGCUAUUUACUGUUUUUUUUUUUGGGUGGAGGUGAAUAUCCUUAUUCUGUUAUCUUGUAAUUUAUCUCUGAAUUUUUUUGUCUUCUAUGUCAUACAAUCUAUUGUACGAGGAGUCUUAUUUGGGAAAUGACCAAAGUUGCCCUAGUUGAUCAAAAGUGAACGCCGAUAUCCGUAUUGAAAC